GCGACCCCCUGUCCUGCGCUCGCCGCAACUACUACAUUGACCGAGCGAACCACCGACACACAAGCGGAGGCGCGCAGUUUCACCGGAGCCCGCUGCCUGCCCGCCCGCCUGCCUGCCUGCCUGCCUGCGCUGUCUGCCUGCCUGCCUGCGAAAAGUGAUGCUGUCAUAGCCCCCUGCGCCGCGGACAGAGAGCCUCUUUCCCCUCCCGCACCCCCCUGGUUCUUCUCGGGCUGACCGUCGCGGUGGCAGUGCGGAUGUGGAGCCCGCAACGCAGCGCUUUUCACCCGUCGGCAAGCAUCGGAGGAGAAGAUGAAAUGUUUUUCCCGAUAUCUCCCGUACCUCUUCCGCCCUCCGAGCACCAUCCUGUCCUCCACUUGCCACACCGAAGCUGACAUUAUCUCAACGGUGGAGUUUAACUCAUCGGGGGAGCUGUUGGCCACCGGGGAUAAAGGAGGCAGAGUGGUUGUCUUCCAGAGGGAGCAGGAGAGUAAGAGCCAGCCCCAGCGUCGAGGGGAGUACAAUGUUUACAGCACGUUCCAGAGCCACGAGCCGGAGUUUGAUUACCUGAAGAGUUUGGAGAUUGAGGAGAAGAUCAACAAGAUCAAAUGGCUUCCACAGCAGAACGCCGCCUACUUCCUGCUGUCCACCAAUGACAAGACGGUGAAGCUGUGGAAGAUCAGUGAGAGAGACAAGCGUCCGGAGGGCUACAACCUGAAGGAUGAGGACGGACGGAUCAGAGACCCGUCGACCAUCACCUCGCUACGGGUGCCAGUGCUGCAGCCCAUGGACUUGAUGGUUGAGGCUACAGCCAGGCGUGUGUUCAGCAAUGCCCACACCUACCACAUCAACUCCAUCUCUGUCAACUCCGACCUUCAGACAUUCAUCUCCACUGACGACCUCCGGGUGAACCUGUGGAACCUGGAGAUCACCGAUCGCAGCUUCAACAUUGUGGACAUCAAACCAGCCAACAUGGAGGAGCUGACGGAAGUGAUCACUUCAGCAGAGUUUCAUCCCCAGCAGUGUCACACCUUUGCCUACAGCAGCAGCAAGGGCUCAAUACGCCUCUGCGACAUGAGACAGGCCGCACUCUGUGACAAGCACUGCAAAUACUUUGAAGAGCCAGAGGAUCCCUCCACUCGCUCCUUUUUCUCUGAAAUCAUCUCAUCCAUCUCAGACGUGAAGUUCAGCCACAACGGGCGCUAUCUGAUGACAAGGGACUACCUCACUGUCAAGGUGUGGGACCUUCAAAUGGAGAACAAACCACUAGAGACAUACCAGGUUCACGACUAUUUACGGGGCAAGCUUUGUUCUCUGUACGAGAACGACUGCAUCUUUGACAAGUUUGAGUGUGUCUGGAAUGGAUCAGACAGCGUCAUAAUGACCGGCUCCUACAACAAUUUCUUCCGAAUGUUUGACCGGAACACCAAACGUGAUGUCACACUGGAAGCGUCCAGAGAAAACAGCAAACCCAGAGCCAUUCUCAAGCCUCGCAAGGUGUGUGUAGGUGGGAAACGCCGUAAGGAUGAGAUCAGUGUAGACAGCUUAGACUUCAGCAAGAAGAUCCUUCACACCACGUGGCACCCACAUGAGAACAUCAUCGCGGUAGCUGCCACCAACAACCUCUACAUCUUCCAAGACAAGGUCAACUAAAGGGCAAUCUGCCCCUGCUGACCCCUGGCCCUCGCACAUGUGAGGGGCUGCAGGGAGAGUUAGGGUUGGAGAAGGGGAGAGAUGGAGCCCUCAUCUACAUCCUUCUCCUCCUCCUCUCCCUACGUCUUGUUGCUGCUGGUCUUGAAUUUUGCCACUCGGCUAAGGAAGUGCAGAGAUUAGUAUCCAGUGACUGAGGUGGGAAAGUGGACAUUAUGAAUUUUGGGAAGCAGGAAACUGAUACAACCUGGAUACAACUUGAGGAAAAGGAUUCCUUGAAAUCAAGAAUGGACUUUCAUUCUUCAAUUUGACUAAUAAUUUAAUUUAUUUAGCCAUGCGGACAGCUGAAGAAGUGAAUCUUGUGCAUUUAUGCAACAAGAGGAUUGCUGCAUGAAUACCGUGAUGUAGCAGCCCUCUGGACCCUGAAGAGAGGGGCUGAUGUGGGCACACUCAACAUAAAAUAGAGCACACAGACAGAAACCAAGCCUACGUGAUGGUGGCUCACUGCCACGUAGCAACAGUGCCCCCUCUCUUUGAGUCUGCUCAUGCUACAGUGCAUGUGAUCAAAUCGGACAGUGCGGCCCGCUGCAGAAUUCCUACACGAGAGGAAGAGACUGUUAAUCUCUGACCCCAGAAACGGAGAGUUUUUCUCUGCCUAUGACACGGUCAGUCUUUCUAGCGGUAAUUCUGUGUCUCCCUGCUGAGACUGCUGUAGUCUGUAAUGUGAAUGAAGCCCUUCCAGGCUGUGUCAAUGCUUUUAUUUAAUGCCGUUGUUUUAUUGAGUCCUUCUCUCGGUCAGUGAGUCUGUUUUAGAAGCUGUGGUGCCUUCUUUUGGUAUGUGGGGGUUCAAUGUAGUGGGCGUGGGAGGGGGGGAAGGGGACUGAGUAUAAGGCAGGAGUGUGAAUGUUUCAAAUGAAAUGUUAACUUAGGAACUUUCCUUUUUUUUUUCUCUCUCUCUCUCUCUCUCUCCAUCUCUUUCUCUCUUUAUAAACAAAAACAAAAAAAAAGCUCCACUGAGGUCCCAAGUGGAAAAAGUGCUUGGAGCAGUGUAGUCAUAAUUAAAUUAAAGCACCGGCUACAUGCUUGUGAGUUCAGGGGAGGACGCUGUGAUGUGUACAAAGUAAUUGUUGCUCUUAUCACAUAGCAGUCAGUCAGAUGUCAUGAGUUUGCAAAAGACACGACAAAGCCACAUUAAAACAUUUUUUGCAAAAUUCCAGCUGAAAAAAAAACCAAACUAUCACUCACCACACUUAUUUGGAUAGUGCCGAAAAUGAUCUGUAGAUGGUAAAACCGUAAACUUUUCAUGUCAAAUAUUGGCAUAACAUAAUGCUAGCCGAGCUCCUGAUCUUGUUUUUGCAUGCAUCGGAUCUGAAUCUGAUGAAACUGAUAGUCUUCAAAUCUGAACAUCUACAGAUCAUCUGAGGCACUGUGCAAAGUAUUACUUGCUUUCUCUAGAGGGAGCAAGUUUAAAAAUUUUGGAUUAAGAGCCUGUCCACGUUCCUCCUUUUGCUGAAGAUGGGGUUACAUGACACAGUAGUAGGUUGUAUUUCAGCACUCGGCUCUCUGAUCAGUUUGGAGAUCCUCACUUGUCACGGAUAUGUGUUAUGAGCCAGCUCCCAUAAAGGAAAGCAGUCAAAGGUCUAAACGAACUCUGUGAAAUCAGGGAAUUAUUAAGUGUGAUUCCUUUAAACAGUAAUGUCUUCUAGACAACUUCCUUUGUGACACUUCUAAUUGAAACAAAAAAACAAAAAAAAACUUUUAUAGCUCAGAAUGUAUUUAAAUGCAAUUAAUUACCAUGCAGUCUUUAUGCUUACUGGACUUUCUUUGAAUAAAAAAGAAUAAAGAUGUGCAAGUUCAAAUCCUGCAUUGUCAGACCUCCUCUAUUAUAGGUGUGGACUCGUUGAAUAUACACCUAAACCUGUAUCACGUCCUAAGUUCAUUGCUGCUUAUGGUGCAAGGGCGCCCUCAUGUGGGCGAAGAGUAAGACAUGUAAGGGCAGUCUGGC